AAGAGAAAUUAAACAACGUUUAUAAACAGGUCAGGCCGAACGGGGAGAAACUACGUUAAUGUGUUCUACGGAGUGAAAUGCAGUUUAAGUUCAGUGAAUACUGCGGUUAAUACGUUGAUAUUGACACUGCGUUUGACAUAGGUUGUCCAGCUGAGGUCGGAAGAGAGAAAAGGGAGAAUAUGUAGGAGUCAUUUCUCUCUCCCUGUCCUCCUCCAGUUGCCUCCGUGAAAGGAGAAACAGAAACUGCGAAAAUAAAUUGAUUGAUCUUUCAGCUUGUUCGACGAUGGCGGACAGCGUUGGAAAUGAAGCCAACGGUCAGGACCACGGGACGCAGUUGUCCGCGAGUUUGGCUCAUUCUAUGCCGGGGCACUCGUCAGUCUCGCCGCCUCCGGCAGCAGCAGAGACCGGCCUGGCUGUGGUCGCUCCCUGGGUCGCGCAUACCAUCAGUCCCGCCGUAGAGAGCGGGUUCGGUGUGAUGAGCCAUGCGGCGGAUUCCACCGGCCCCUCGGCCCUACCUCUGCCGCCCGGAAUGGGCUCGUUGGUCCCGGGCGGUGCGCCGAAUCUGGCUGGAGCGGCCCUCCUGUCCCAAAUUCACGUCACCUCAUGGGACCCCACGUUAAGCACCGACUGGGAUAACGAAAAGGCGUCUCAGCAAUGCAUUCUCCGGAUAAAAAGGGACAUCAUGUCCAUCUAUAAAGAACCUCCUCCGGGUAUGUUUGUGGUUCCCGAUCCUCACGAUAUGACCAAGAUUCACGCCCUCAUCACCGGCCCCUUCGACACACCAUAUGAGGGUGGCUUCUUCCUCUUCCUGUUCCGUUGUCCCCCUGACUAUCCCAUCCACCCUCCACGAGUCAAACUAAUCACUACAGGGCACAACACUGUUCGUUUCAACCCCAACUUCUACCGCAAUGGCAAAGUGUGCCUCAGCAUCCUUGGCACUUGGACUGGGCCAGCAUGGAGUCCUGCGCAAAGCAUCUCCUCCGUUCUUAUAUCUAUACAGUCCCUGAUGACAGAAAACCCUUACCACAAUGAGCCAGGCUUUGAGCAGGAAAGGCAUCCAGGUGACAGCAAAAACUAUAAUGAGUGCAUCCGCCAUGAGACCAUGCGAGUUGCUGUUUGUGAUAUGUUAGAGGGUAAAGUGCCAUGUCCCGAGGCCUUGUGGAGUGUGAUGGAGAAAUCCUUCCUGGAGUACUAUGAUUUCUAUGAGGGGGUUUGCAAAGAACGUCUGCAUCUCCAAGGGCAAAACAUGCAGGAUCCUUUUGGAGAGAAGAGAGGUCGUUUUGACUACCAGGGUUUGUUGACCCGACUCCGAGCCAUCCAGAGGCGAUUGCGGGAAAAGUGCCCACCAGAGGUGAAUGACGGCGACUCUGACUCGGACACCAGCUCUUCCGGUACUGAUCCGGACAGUCAGGGCAGCUCACAGCCUUAGAGCAACCUCUAGCGGUGCUAAGAGAGCGAGGUUAGAUUGUUUCCCUUUAGCUGCAGUUCUGGACUCUCUAGCGAGCACAAAUGCGAGGAGAGCCGAGUAAGCCUAGAGAAUCUGCUCAUGGAGAACUGGGGUUCUCUGAGUUUCUUUCUCUUCUGAUUGGUUAAAAUUUUCCCCCGUGCUCCCUGUGUGAUGGCCAAUGACUGCCUUUUUGUUUUGCCGUAUUCCCUAAUGAAGAAGAGUUUCAGUCAAAAGGGGAAUGAAGGCCUUUGCAAAUGGUGUGUGUUUAUAAGAGAGCAAUGUAGUUUCUCAGUAGGUCGACACAACCUCUGCCUUUCAACUCUGUGCUUCUUCAUCCCCUGCCUCAUCUAGUAGAGCUCCACAGAAAGAAGAAAUAUUCAUACUAGUCAAAAAAAGGAAAAAUUAUGAUAAAAUCCCCCUUGAAAACAACCCAGUCUGCUUGCAAAUACACAAAUCUCACCUAUAGUUUGCGAGUUUCCUGGUCUUUUUGUUCCACUGUUUGCUUGAUGUUUAAUAAUUAUCGAAACAUGUAUCUUGUUUCCUAAUUGAGUCAUUUAAAGGGAUGGUUCACCCAAUAAUUACAAUUCUCAUAUAGUUUGGCAUGAGGGUGCGUAAAUUAAAAAUUCCCUCAUCGUUUUGGGUGAACCCUCCCUUUAAAGAAAUUAAUAUGAUUAUAAAUUGUGUUGAAUGAAUUGAAUACUACACUUUAAAGUAGGUUAGAAAAACUAACAGAUGCAACUUUAAAAAAAAUGUACAUAGAAUUGUCCAUAGAGAAGUUUUAUUUUAAUGUUCAAUGUUCUUGACAUGGUAUUGAACAGUAAAGUGAAAGUAUCAGCAGCCUUCCGACUGAUUCCCAAAAGCACUUAUGGGAAAGGUUGCCUUUUGAGUGUUGUUGAGUCGUUAAAAUUACAGUUUAGUUGGUUGAAUUUAAUUAUAUCUCUUAACUGUAAAGCUGUUGGUCAAGUGUGAAAAGAUAAAUGUGUUCUGGGAAUAACCCUGGGGAACUGAAAAGGCAGAAACGUUUGUUGUGUUUGAUAAUUCCAGUCCUAAUGCUUAUACAUCAAUUUCACACCAGCUUCAGCACAGAAUUCCCCUCAAACAUUGCUACACAUUUUCGAUUUUGUUCUCUUUACCGGGGAUACUGUGGUCACAGGUGUCCUCAUAUGCAACAGGAUGAAGAGAGUACACCAACAAUCUUAUUGCAAUCCUUCCCUUUAAAGAGCAGGUAGUUCCCCGCAGCAUGCUAAACAUGAAUGUGUAAACAUGCACUUGCAUUUUAUCCAAGGAAAAGCAGAUGACUUGUCGGUUUAGAGCACUUGAUUCUUUCCAAGCUUAGGACUGAAUGACAGUUCAUGUUCAGUUUAAUGUGAACCUACAUUAAAAAAAAAACAUCUUCAACAAAGUUCUUUUGUUCACAUUUUGACAAAACAACACUGUUGGGUUUCUUGAUUGGUUGAUCUGAAUAAAACUUUCACAACAUGCUUCUCUCAUAGAAUGCUCUGAAACAGGAAAGAGCUCCUUAGUUUGACCUUGUGAUGUACUAAUGCUUUUUUCCUUGUUUGGAAAAUGAAUUGAGAAUGAAUUAUGUAAAUAAUAAAUGUAUCAAUGAAUUGCAACUAAGAAGAUAAAAUAUAUAUAUACAACUUCUGAUUACUUUUCACUGUCUUUGAUUAAUUCUGUUCUAACAACCCAUUGAUUUAUUUAAUCAUUUGAAAAUUUGUUUCAUAUUUCACACAUAAUAUUUUACCAAAUUUCACGUUUA